GAAGGUGAGUUCAAGCAUAUGUGAUGAGCGAAAAAAUGGAAACACCCUCUGCAGAAAAUUUGUUUUCGGUUUUGAGAUACUACACUGGGCAUCCGAGGGAGGUGAAACCAUCGAAAGUGAUUGACUUAAAAUCAGAACGUCAAUUUGUGGAGCUUCUGCAUGAAGGAGUUCCUGUGGUGGUCGCCUUUACACUGAGAUGUCCUUGGACCAAACGAUCUGACAGAGUAGUGGAGGAUGCAUCAUCAGAGUGGUAUCCUCAUAUCAAAUUCAUGCGUGUGGAGUGUCCUAAAUAUCCUGGCUUCUGUAUAGCCCGGCAAACGAAGGACUAUCCAUUCGUGGAGAUAUUUCACAGCCCGAAACAAGGAGAAACUGAAGGUGGUGCCAGAGAAGGCUCUGUCACCCGUUACUCCGUAAACGUUCUUCCGUUCAACCACGACAUGAGUCCGUAUGGCUUUAGAGAGUUUUUCAAAAUUCAUGGGUUAUCGUGAUUUCGGGGAUCUUUUGUGACCACCGGGCUCCGAGACGCAUCAAGAGAGGCCUUCUGAAAGAAUGAGAAUGUCGAAGACAGGGCACUUCGACAAAGGAGAGGCACUCAAACCUCUUGUCUUGCUUGUAUCAACCGGCCCUUGUUCAGAAGCCGAUAUCAGUGUUAUGGUUGUAGGCGGAACUCGCUAGAAUUACCCUCAGGAGAACACGCAGACUUUUAUGAUAGAUCCGAGUUCCCAAGCAACCACUACAAUUGAUGGUUCAAGAUUGUGCCGGUGGUGACUAGAUCUCAAUGGA